AUGUAAGGAUUAAUUCCUUUGGACUUUGGAGAAUAGUCAGAUAGAUUGGAUGGCAUUAGUUCAAUAAGCAAUAAUUCUAGUGUAAUGGCACCUCAUGGAAAUGAAUUUUCUUUUUAAGGUAACAUUUAAGCCUCAAUGCCUUAGAUUAAUCGAACAAUUAAGAAUUGUAUUGCGUUUAAUAUGAAUGAAUAAUACACUACUUUAGGAAUCUAAGAGGUUAAGGAAAAUAAAUUAAAUUUAAAGGAGUCUUACGUGAAGAUUACAGUAAUCAAAAAUAUGGUUGGGCUAGAGAGUAACCAGAAAAAGGAAUAUUAUAUAAAUAAUAAAGGAUUAGUAGACACCAAGAAAAAUACAAACUAGUAAGAUAUUAUGAUAGGUCGUUAAGAGAAAUUUGAAUUACAAGGAUAAAGCAUUUACCCAAAUGAUAUUGUUCUUACUGAAUAAGAACGACUGAUAUCACGCAUCCAUUGCAAGCUUAUUUGUAAAAACUUCUUUAGAAAAGAAUCAUACAUUAACCCAUUUUAUAAAAAAAUUUUGGGCUUUUUAAAAAAUAGAUUACCACAUUUUGUGUUGAUCAAAAUUGAAAAGUUUCUAGAAGAUCCGAAUGAAUGUUAUGUGUAAGACGUGGGAAGCGUUUUUGGAACAUAUAUUAGAGUAGAUAAGGAAUAUUAGAAGUUAAGGAAAAGUCAUCAAUAUAGUAUUGGAACUGACACAACCUUUUAAAUUUAAGAUUAUCAUAUUUUAGAUAAAAAUUUAAAAUUUCCUGAUGAAAAUUUUGAUUAUAUGAUAGAUUAAAUAAGGAAUAACUCAUUUAAAUGCAAUAUUCAUGGAUUUGCAUUUGAAUAAAAAUAAUAUGAAUCAUAACCCACAUAAUAAUAAAUAGAAAAAUCACCUAUGGAAAUUGCAUGUAUUCUUCAAAAUUUGAAGCAAUAUAAUGUCCCAUUCAUUUAGCUAAUUUUUUCUGGUUCAGGAUUGUAAGGACUUUAAGGAUGCUACCUUCAUUAUUUGUUUGCAAAGGAAUAUAAUGGUGAAUUUUCUAUUGGAAGAUGUAGUGAAAAUAGUAUAAGAAUAAAUUCCAAUACUAUUUCAAGAAAAUAAACAAGAAUUAGGUUUAAUGAAAGGGAAAACAAAUGGCAAAUUGCCGAUGGUUCAUAAGAUAGGGAAUCAGCUAAUGGAACUUGGUUACAAUUAUCAACAAUUGACGAGAGAGAUUAAAAGGUAGAGUCUCAACCUCAUCCGUUGAAACAUUUAUCAGAAAUAAAAAUUAAUGAUUAUAUAUUGAAAGUAGAAUUAUUUGAAUCCAGGUAUGUUUUUAAGAUAUCACUUUAAGAAAAUAAAAGAAAAGUAAUAACAAGCAAUGUUAAUAAGACUUCAAAUGAUGUCCAUUUUAUAUUUUGA